AGAGAUGAAUUGUGAUGACAUCAAGUUUAGAAGCCGAUUGCAAGAAAUCCAGUCCGCAGUUUGUGAGCUGCUGAAGUACGAUCUCCAGGAAGUAACGUGAAUUGGCUGCAACACGCGUUUCAAAGAUGCCUUGAUGUUUGUCUUUUGUGUUUUUGCCGGCUAAGCCUUCCCAUUGCAGUUUCCUUUAACUUGCCAUUCCCGCUUAUGAGACAGCAUGCUCUGAUGAGAAACCAGGAUCUUGUUACUGUGGCAACUGUUCAGCUUCCAGGUGGUGAUAAGCAUUGUUCUACAAACGAAGUGGAAAAAUAAUGUGCUGUCAGUUCGCAACUGAGUAGAGUGAGUCGGCGCAAAAGACCGCAGCUAAAGGCACUUGUCACAACAGGAUUUACUUAUAAUCACUUAACUGCCUAUUUCGUCCAUCUGGGGCAGUCAGGAUGGAAGCUGUACACAAGGAAGAGAAGCCAAAUCCGUCUGAAAAGGCUUGUCUCCUUUCCAAAAUAUUUUUCUGUUGGCUUAAUCCAUUAUUUCAUAUUGGUCAUAAAAGAAGAAUUGAAGAAGAUGAUAUGUAUAAGGUGCUUCCUGAGGAUGCUUCAAAGAAACUAGGUGAAGAACUACAGCAAUGCUGGGAUAAAGAAGUGCAAAAAGCAAAAAGAGAAGCACGGGUACCGUAUUUUGAAAGAGCUAUUGUACGGUGCUACUGGAAGUAUUACACAUUACUUGGGCUCAUGACAUUCACAGAGGAAGCCGUCAAAGUUGUGCAACCAUUAUUUCUAGGAAAAAUUAUUAACUAUUUUGAGAACUACAAUCCUAAUAACUAUGAUGCACUAAAAGAAGUCUGGGGUUACGUUGCUGGAGUAUCACUUUGUACUUUCAUAUUAGCUAUUUUUCACCACCUAUUCUUUUACCAUGUACAACGAGCUGGAAUGAAGCUGAGAGUAGCCAUAUGCCAUAUGAUCUACAGAAAGGCUCUUCGUCUGGAUAAUAUUGCAAUGUCAAAAACAACCACAGGACAGAUAGUAAAUCUUUUAUCCAAUGAUGUAAACAAGUUUGACCAGGUAACUGUUUAUUUACACUAUUUGUGGAUUGGACCACUUCAAGCAAUAGCAGUAGUAGUUCUACUAAUUGAAGAAAUCGGACUGUCUAGUGUUGCUGGAAUGGCAGUUCUUUUCUUUCUGAUGCCCCUCCAAAGUUGCAUUGGACGUGUAUUUUCAUCACUAAGGAGCAAGACUGCAACAUUUACAGACUCUCGGAUAAGAACCAUGAAUGAGGUUAUAUCUGGAAUUAGAAUAAUAAAGAUGUAUGCAUGGGAAAAGUCCUUCGCACAACUUGUUAGUGACAUCCGAAGCAAAGAGAUUGGACAGAUUCUCAAAAGUUCUUAUUUACGUGGUUUUAAUCUGGCAUCAUUCUUCAUUGCAAACAAAAUCAUCCUUUUUGUAACUUUUAUGACAUAUACUCUACUGGGGAAUCCCAUUGAAGCAAGCAGAGUAUUUGUUGCAGUGUCAUUGUACGGUGCAGUGAGGCUAACAGUCACACUUUUCUUCCCAUCGGCCAUAGAGAGUGCAUCAGAAGCAAAGAUAAGCAUCAGAAGAAUAAAGAAUUUCUUACUACUUGAAGAAAUCAAAACGCCUACAAACAAACUUCAAUGUAAUGAAAACAUGGGCCCCUUUGUUCAACUUCAGAAUGUAACAUGCACCUGGAACAAGAUGUAUGAUAUUCCAACACUUAAGGAUAUUUCUUUUACUGUCAGACCAGGAGACCUUCUUGCUGUGAUUGGAUCAGUAGGAGCUGGAAAGUCAUCACUUCUGAGUGCUGUUCUUGGAGAAAUUGCAAGCAGCGAUGGAAUUGUGAACGUCAGUGGAAAAGUGGCCUAUGCUGCGCAGCAACCAUGGGUAUUUCCAGGCACUGUGAGAAGCAACAUACUGUUUGGAAAGGAGUAUAAGAAACAGAAAUAUGAGAAAGUCAUCAGAGUCUGUGCUCUUAAAAAGGACCUUGAUAUGCUGGAAGACGGUGACCUUACUGUGAUUGGUGAUCGUGGAGUGACAUUAAGUGGGGGUCAAAAAGCACGAAUAAACCUUGCAAGAGCAAUCUAUCAGGAUGCAGAUAUCUACCUGCUGGAUGAUCCCCUCAGUGCAGUAGAUUCUGAAGUUGGAAGACAUCUGUUUGAACAAUGCAUUAGUGGAGUUCUGCGUAAUAAGCCUUGCAUACUAGUGACACAUCAGCUGCAGUAUCUCAGUGCAGCAACCCAAAUUCUUAUUCUGAAAGAGGGUGAAAUAGUUGGCAAGGGGACCUAUUCUGAGCUUUUGAGAAGUGGAAUUGAUUUUGCUUCCCUACUGAAAACAGAUGAAGAUGAUGAUCAGCAUCAAAUGUCUUCUGUAAUACCAGCAAGAAAUCGUACAGUAUCACAGACCUCGAUUUGGUCUCAAGAAUCAUCCGUGCAUUCACACAAAGAAGGAGUCGAAGAUCAACUUCCUACAGAACCUGUGCAGCCUUUUGUUGCUGAAGAGAGUCGUUCAGAAGGAACAAUUGACUUUAAAGUGUACAAGAAAUAUUUUACAGCCGGAGCAAACUGUUUUGUGCUUUUCUUUACAGUUUUUCUCAGUAUCUUAUCACAGGUUACGUAUGUUCUUCAGGACUGGUGGCUAUCUUACUGGGCACAGCAACAAGAAAGUCUGACCAAAAGUUUAAAUACUACUAAUGAAACUGUUCUGGUGGAUACAACUUUUUAUCUUGGAAUUUAUGCAGGACUAACAGUAUCAACGAUUAUUUUUGGGAUCUGGAGAUGUUUGCUGAUGUUUAACAUUCUUGUGAAUGCAUCACAGGUGUUGCACAACAAAAUGUUUUUGUCACUUCUGCAUGCUCCAGUGCUGUUUUUUGACAAGAAUCCUAUUGGCAGAAUUCUCAAUCGUUUUUCUAAGGACAUUGGACACCUGGAUGACUUGCUCCCCUUAACAUACGUUGACUUCACACUGACAUUCCUUCAGAUUCUGGGAGUGGUAGCUGUAGCAGUGGCAGUUAUUCCUUGGAUUCUUAUUCCUAUUACACCACUUUUUAUCAUAUUUGUUUUUCUGCGGCGAUAUUUCCUUGACACAUCAAGAGACAUUAAACGGUUAGAAUCAACAACGCGAAGUCCUGUUUUUUCCCACUUGUCAGCAUCCCUUCAAGGACUUUGGACAAUCCGAGCCUUUAAAGCUGAGGAGAGAUUUCAAGAAAUAUUUGAUGCUCAUCAAGAUCUCCACUCAGAGGCCUGGUUUUUAUUCUUAACAACAUCACGAUGGCUGGCUGUACGUCUGGAUGGAAUCUGUGCUAUUUUUGUAACAGCUGUUGCCAUUGGGUCUGUGCUUCUCGCAAAUUCACUGGAUGCAGGAAAGGUUGGACUUGUAUUGUCCUAUGCCGUCUCAAUCAUGGGAAUGUUCCAGUGGGGAGUCAGACAAAGUGCUGCAGUUGAAAAUUUGAUGACCUCUGUAGAAAGGGUGCAAGAAUAUACAGAACAUGAAAGUGAAGAUGAGUGGAAUUCAGCAUCACCACCACCAAAGAGCUGGCCAACUGAAGGCAAUAUAUUCUUUGACAAUGUCAAUUUUGCAUAUAGUAGUGAUGGACCCUUUGUGCUAAAACAUUUCACUGCAUUCAUUAGGUCGAAGGAGAAGAUUGGAAUUGUAGGAAGAACAGGAGCUGGAAAGAGUUCCAUCAUGUCUGCCUUGUUUCGACUUGCUGAACCUGAAGGAAAAAUCUACAUAGAUACAAUAUUAACAUCUAGUCUUGGACUUCAUGACCUUCGGAAGAAAAUGUCAGUCAUACCUCAGGAUCCUGUAUUAUUUACUGGAACAAUGAGAAAGAAUCUUGACCCUUUCAAUGAAUAUUCUGAUGAAGUCCUUUGGAAUGCACUGAAAGAGGUGCAACUAAAAGAAGUUGUGGAAGAGCUGCCUUAUAAGAUCGAAACAGAGCUGGCAGAAUCUGGCUCAAAUUUCAGUGUUGGUCAGAGACAGCUGGUUUGCCUUGCCAGGGCAAUACUUAGAAAAAAUCGAAUUUUAAUAAUAGAUGAAGCAACUGCAAAUGUAGAUCCAAGAACAGAUGAGCUGAUUCAGAAGACGAUCAGAGAGAAGUUUGCAGAAUGUACUGUACUGACAAUUGCACACAGGUUAAACACUAUUAUUGACAGCGACAGAAUUCUGGUUUUAGAUGCAGGAAGAAUAAAAGAAUUUGAUGAACCUUUUGUAAUUCUACAAAACAAAGAAGGUGUAUUUUACAAGAUGGUAGAACAAACAGGCAAGGCUGAAGCUGCAGCUUUGAUUGAGACAGCAAAACAGAUAUACAUGAGCAGAAGUCGCCCAGAAAUCAUGUUCCCCAGUGGAAUAUCAGAUACUGUUUCUGGUCUGGUCCUGUUUGAAACAGCACUUUGACAACACUAUUGGAUACUUCUGAAGGUUUACAACAUACUUGGCAUUCUUCAGUUUUUGAUGGGAUAUCAACAUUUAAUGUACUACGUAGUCAGAGGGACAACAAAUCAUUCAGAGGUUGGAAUGCUGAGCUGUGAUUUCUUUAUGAAAACAAAGCUUUAUUUCAGAAAUGUUUUGUUAGUCCCCUUCUCCCAAUAUGAACAUUGAAAAGAUGGAAUCAUUAUGCUGCUUAAAUUUGUAGCUGGUCCUGCAGAUUUCACUGACUUGUGGCCUUUAUAGACUUUUAAAACUAAGAAAUUUUAAUGCAGUCCAGGAAAUGGCAACAACACAGACAUGCACAGUUAUUUCUCUGCAAUAUAACAAGGACAAAGAUUAUAGAGUGAAGAAACACUCCAUCCAGAGGGAUUACCACUAAAAAUGACAGCAAGUCUUUAUCAAUAGAAAGCUGUAUAUCUGAACAGUUGUAAAACUAAGUCUUUAAUUUGCCAUUGUAUUUAAGUUUUGUCUGUAAUACACUUUAAAGGUUAUACAGUACACUCCUUUGUGUUCAGGCAAUUGUAACGAAGAUUUUUAUUUCAGACAAAGUACUACUGAAUAUAUAUAUAUAACAAUAUAAGGAAAGCAAAAUUGAAAUAAACCCUUGGACAGGUAGGGCUCUGCAAUGUAUCCAAAAGAUAGAAGAGUAGACAAAGUAAGGUGAACUGUCCUUUUCUGCUUAUGGUUCUGUUGUCUUACACCAUCUCAUGUGGUGGUCAAUGUCCUGGUCUUUUCUGUACUCAGCCAUGUCCUCUAAUAUGCAGUCAAUUUUCUUGAUCUUUCUUGUAUUCAGAAUAUCAUAAAAUAUUCAUAACUGGAGAAGUAAUACAGCACAUCUAAAAAAAUAAGAAAAUGUGAAUGAAAAAAAAAUGGAAUGAUAAAUUAUUUUAUUACAGUUUACAUAAACCUAAUCAUUAGACACCUGUAUGAAUACUGCAGAAAAUACAGCUCAUUUUUUUUUUUACAAGUGCUAAGAUGCAACAUGUGAAAAUGUAUAAUUUUCAAAAAAGCGUGCCUUAAUAAAUGUCUUUUUAUAGCCAAAGCUGUCAAAA